GGGUGGUGCAUAUAUUCUUCAAUCAAUAACUGGGUUCUAUUCUUGAAAGAAGAUGAAGAUACUAAACCUGAACAGACACAUGGUGUAGUAGUAGUAGUUGAUUCGGUUAUCCAAAAACAAGAGGAUGUUGCGUUUGAGGAGAAAAAGUGUUGAAAAACGAAACUCUCGUGGUGAUAUAGUGAGGAAAGAAGAAGUGGUUACGCUCACCAAAAAAUUCCAUGCUUCAAACAAAGCACAAGAGAAAAUACCAGACUGGAAACCCACAACUACUGGACGACCUUAUGAGUUCCUGCCACCAUAUCAAGGUGUUCUCUUAUCGAAUCCUCAUAGACAAUUCCCUCCUCAAGGGUAUGAUUUCGUCGAGAGGAUGAACCAUAAUUCAAGACAAGGUGUUCUCUUGUCGAACCUUCCUAGACAAUUCCCUCCUCAAGGGCGUCAAUUGGAGUACAUCAAUGAACAAGACCUAGGGUAUCUCUUUUCCGAGCUUCCCCAGAGACAACAAGGUGGCUUUUCUAAGACAAAUGCAAAGAAUUUUGAGGCGAAGGUUUCAAAUGCAGAGGAUAGUGAUGCUGAAGAUGUAGAGGGUAGUGAUGCUGAAGAUACAAAUUCUGAGGAAUGUGAAGUUGAUGAUACAAAUUCUGAGAAGUCAGAAGACGAUGAUACAAAUUCUGAGGAAUCUCAAGAUGAGAAUUCAAAUUACGAGGAAUCUGAAACCGAAGAAAUAAAUUCUGAGGAAUCUGAAGCUGAGGAUAUAAAUUCUGAGGAAUCUGAAGCUGAAGAUAUAAAUUCUGAGGAAUAUGAAACCGAGGAUAUAAAUUCUGAGGAAUCUGAAGCUGAAGAUAUAAAUUCUGAGGAAUCAUCAGAAGAAUACGAGGAUUCAGAUAAUGAGCCACCAAGACAUCUCAUGGAUUUGAAGCCAGCAGAAAGGCGUAAUUUGUCUACGGGGAGGCAUCACUUCACUAUUGAUCGAAUGAGUAAUAGGUCGAUGAUGGGGAGGAACUUCUGGUUUCAAGAAUAAGUAAAUUGUCUAUGGGGAGAGACAGUACUCAAGAAACUACGCAUGAAUAUUCAUAUGGUUAUGGUCUAGCCAAGGAGAAUUUCUCUUCAUGUUAAUAUGUAGCCAUAAAGUACAAUCAAUGGCACUAGCUUUAUAAUAAAAUGUAAACUCAAGCUCCAGAACUUGGCAAGCUUAUCCACAUUCUCUUAAAUAAUUCAAGGUUUUAUUGUUGUUAAAUGUCAA